CUCAAUUUUUUUAACGAGAUCUAUCCCAACCCGGGUACUUUUCUAUGACAACAACUACCCCUGGACCGAUUUCCCCUCAUCAGUGGUCGAUUGUGCAAAGGAGCAUUUCCAGACAAGGUGUGCCUCCUUUGCUGUUGGCCAUCUCAUUCUAGACUUUCUCAGAAUGGUGGUGUACGAUACUGAGACAGGCUUUAUGAAGCCGAUGGGUUGGAUUGAUCAGAUGGAUCGUUAUUUCUUUCCAUCAAGUCGGGACUUAAAGUUCUGUCAAGAUUUUAACGAAGCCCACUCUGAGCACUCACCCAUGCAAAUCGAAGCCAACAAUGAAGAUGAUGUGUGGAUAGAGAAUAUUAAUAUAAUUUGUCAUGAUCGACUUGAGAAUGAAAGAGGCCCAAGGUUGGAAGGUACUCAUUCAGCAACACUUUCUCCAAUGAUUAUGGGUCUUGUGCGUACCCUCCUCGAAGAUUUUGAGGGCGGUGCGAUCUCCCUGCCCGAGUAUGCAAGGAGGUUGGGAGCUCUUGCUGAAGAUGCAACGAUAGAGCCAAUCAUUGCACAAAUUGGUAACCAGUCUGAUAAUGUGGAACACAUCGAUGAGAAUGCCGAUAUAAUCGAUCUGGAGAAAGAUGCAGAGGAGCAGGAUGAAGAAUAAGGCUCUUUCAGCAGUCAUCUUAUUAAUAUAUAUCAAAUAAAUCGCAAGCUACCUUAGGCUUGUGCCCGUCCAGUGUUGUUCUCUUUUUUCUUGCUAGUGUGAUUUGCAUCCUUUUUGUAUCCGUAUAAAAUCUUUUGCUACCAUAUGAUCUUUUAAAAGAUUUAUGGGAUGCUGAAGUGGGCUA